CGGUUUGAGAACACAGCAUUGCCGCGUGACAAGAUUCCCCUGGAAUCUUGUGGAAGGAGCUUUUGUUCGACGUAUCGAGCGUUGGUCUGAGCGUUUACUGCCACACCCACGUGACACGCCGCGAGAUCUACGCGAUUCCACCUCGCAUUUUUUUCCAACGCACGCCGCGUCUUCCCUCCGCGGAGAACAGUAUCGUACAGUGAAAAUACGUUCUAGAAAUAUCUGCCAGGCAUUAAUCGAGUGAGAAACAGUGCGGGUGUGGUCCCCUCCUACGGGUCGACGACUCCCUACCAGAUUCACCUAUAUAAAAGGGGGCACCGUGGCUGGACAGGGCAGCACAUCACCGUCGGUACUUUAGGGCGAAUACUGGUUGGAAAAUUCACGUUCAACCGGCCAGCAGCGCAUUUUCCCCCCCGCGUGAUUAACCAUGAAAACGAUAAUCAUCUUGGCUACAAUCUGCGGCUUGACAGUCGCCGAGCCAGGAUACGUGGCCUCAGUGCUGCCUUAUGGUUAUCUAAGAGUGCCGUUGAUCUACGACGGCAAAGUUUUGGAGACGCCGGAAGUGGCACAGGCGAAAGCUGCGCAUCUUGCCACUCAGGCGUACGAGGCAGCCAGGAACACGAUUGGUGUCGCUCAUGUGCCAACUGUGCUUCGUGUUUACGCGUCUGCAUCUGGUGCACCGAUUGGUGCCGAUGGUCGCGUCGUCGAUACACCGGAAGUCGCACAGGCGAAAGCUGCACACCUGACCGCCCACGCGCUGGAGGCUGCAAAGCAUCUAGGACUCGAACCGUACGGUGCUCUAUCCUAUGUCUCGGUACCUUACACUUAUGGAUUUGGAUAUGGUGCACCCCUUGGCCCUGAUGGUAGAGUAGUGGACACCCCGGAAGUAGUACAGGCGAAGGCAGCUCAUUUUGCAGCGCACGCUGAAGCAGCCGCGAGAACUGCUGAAAAAUCUGAUUACGAAUGAAAAGGGAACAAUCGUACAAGCCUAAAAUAAAUGUUUGUCAAUUUAUUCUUGGUCCACUAAAACAUGAGACGAACAAUUAAUCGUGAGAAACAAUCUGCAUGUUUCUUCUUUAUCGCUAAUGCAAUUGGAAUUAAAUGUUACAAGGUAGUAAAAAUAUCGUGCCAUUUUUA